AUGGCCUCACUUCUGAGCGUUUCAACGUCACUUGCUCUCGCCAUUCUUUCAUUUAACAGAUACGAUGGAGUCGUCAAGCCCUGUGAUCAUUAUCUGGUACCGAAGCAACCUCGCUUCAAGCAGAGGGAAUUGCAAUUAAACGACACACAUAUCCCGUUGUAUCUUCCACUGGACCCCAGCAGGAACAGUAUACGCCUUCUUGUUUUGCAUCCUGGUCAAGGCUCUGGUGACAUUCAUUGUUCCUUGGCCGUCGCUUCUCUGGAGCGAGAACCAAGCUACACAGCAUUGUCGUAUACAUGGGGUACCCCAUUUCGUCGCAGUGCCUCUAUGUGGUCAUAUCGCGGCGUGGUGCAGUAUGUUCGCGAAUGGACCGAGAAUCAUCGCAUACACGUUCCUACUAUCAUCAUUGACAAGCAUCGCAUUCCAGUUACACCCAAUCUUAGAUCAGCACUACAACAUCUACGACAUCCCAACUUACCACUGGUCAUAUGGGUGGAUGCAGUCUGUAUCAACCAAGAAGAUAAUGAAGAAAAGGAGCACCAGGUCAACCUGAUGCGUAAGAUAUACUCCCAAGCGAAGACAACUAUCGUUUGGCUGGGUCCGGCCGCAGAUGAAAGCGAGAAAGCUUUCCAAUUCAUCGCUUCAACGGACAAUCUCAAGGUCGAUGAUCCCGAUCUCAGAAUUGAGGAUAUUCAACCCCCUUGGGGCCCUCUGCAAGCUCUUUUUGCGCGUUCAUGGUGGAGUCGUGUCUGGGUCAUUCAGGAGGUCCUCCUUUCCAAAAAUAUUAUCGCAAAAUGUGGACAACACGAGAUACCCUUUGAAACAUUUUCUCGGUUAGCAUUUAAGGAACAUUUGCUGAGGCGGAGGAUGAGAAAUGACCCUACAUUCGAGGAUAAAUAUAAGACUUCAUCUAGGUGGACUUUUAUCCCUCCCACUAUUCCUUUCUAUAGGCUCCUCGCAAACUGGCCCUUCACAAGGAAGGAAUUACAAGCCGAGAAAGGGAUGGGCAUCUGGGAAGCGAUCAUAGCAACGCUCUCUUUCAGUUCGACUAUGCCACGAGACAAAGUAUACGGCAUCUUAGGCCUUUGCACGUCGUCAGAUAGAGAAGCGAUCAAGGUCGACUAUACGCAGCGUAAAACAGAUGGGCAGGUAUACAAAGAGGCAGUAGAGUAUGUGAUAAAAUCUCAAAACAACCUACAACCGCUCCAAUUUGUCCAAGCACGCAGUCGGAAGUCGAUGGAUAUACCCUCCUGGGUACCAGAUCUUUCUUCUUAUGGCUUUAGCCAGCUCUCCGGUGGAUUUACUGCGUCAUUCUUUCAUGCUAGUGACAAGCCAGCAACUUGGGAAAGACUCAUUCAUCCCAUUUUAAGCCGCAUGCCUUCACCCAUUUCUGUGGUAUCUAAACAGCUUGUUUCUUUGUUUCUUCGGGCAGAAGAGUUACCUAACGUUGGGAUGUGCGCAACUGUAUCUGACAACUCAGACAUCCUCACGGUACGCGGCCUACUGUUUGAUACCGUCUCGUUGGCCGACCCUGCACCUCAAAGCAAUAUUUACCAACAAUCAGACAGUAUUUAUCUUGAUCACCUAUCGCGCUCAACCAAAGAAGACGAACUUAGCUUACUUGAGGCAACCAUUCGAUGGCAACGGUAUGUAGCCGCCCACAAGGAAAACCCUUAUGGAACGCCAGCUGCUCGCUACAGAGCAUUUUGGAAGACAUUAAUCGGUAACCGAUUCAGAGGAGAGCAUGGCCUUGUCCUUCCUCCCAAAGAGGCCAACAUCUCUUACGAAGUACUGACCAAAAGGCGCCCUGUACCUGCCGGUUUGAGUUACCACUCCCCUUUGUUUUUGGAGAUGGGUCUUUUUCAAGCUAGAAUGGCGAUAGUUUCUUCAGAGCGCUCGUUCAUCAUUACGGAACGAGGUUUUCUGGGAAUGGCUCCAGACAACAGCAAGCCAGGUGAUGUCGUUUGCAUAUUUCAAGGAGGGGAAGUCCCAUUCGUCUUACGACCCAGAGAGAACAAUCAAUGGGAAUUAAUUGGAGAAUGCUAUUUACAUGGGAUUAUGGAGGGGACAGCGGUAAAGAGAGCUCAUCCAAAGGAUGUACGACUAUUUCAUAUAGGCUGA